AUGGGUUUCUGGUCACGCUUCAAACUUGCCACAUUAACUGCAGCCCGACUGGUUGCAGUAGUAUACUGCAGCAAACCCAAAUGCGCAUCUCUGGCACAGUCGGCCUGCCUUGUCGAGCACAACGCAACCAUUCUCAGCACUACCUACCACGCCAUCGGUGCACUCAAUAUCUCUGGGACAAACAACGAAGUCCCAUUCUGUCAAGUUUGCGCCUCGGUCCGAUAUGGAAACAACAACUCCCUCGCCUUUGAACUUUGGCUUCCCGAUGCAAAGCACUAUUCGUCACGUUUCAUGGCUAUCGGCAAUGGCGGCCAAGGUGGUGAAAUAAGCCACGCAGACAUGAUGGUGGAACUCAACAAUCAUCUUGGAUUCGCUGUAGCUGGUGGCGAUGCUGGUCAUUUAGCCUCUGAUAACAUGGCUGGAGAUAUGCCGGGAAUGGGCGCUCCGGGUAUUUACCAGCCUUUCUUACACGACGAGUCACAAGUCAAAGCCUGGAUGCAUGAUGCUAUCAGUUUGUUCACACCGGCGUCAAAGCAGCUGAUCGAGGUAUUCUAUGGGAAAGAAGUAAACUUUUCUUACUUUCGAGGUUGUUCGGCUGGUGGAACACAAGGUUUCUCGCUCGCUGAACUAAGACCGGGACUGUUUGACGGAAUCAUAGCCGGAUGUCCUGCGAACUGGUUCACACAUAUGCUGUUGAGCUUUUUGUGGAACGCCCAACACACAAAGAAGAAUGCGACGACUCUGUCACCGGAGACCCUGAUGUUUAUACAGGCCAGUGUGGUGGAGGAAUGCGAUCUUCUAGACGGCGUCAAAGACAAUGUGAUACAGAACCCACUCGAUUGCCAUUUCAACAUUUCAUCUUUACUUUGCCAAAGGGAUGGACUGGAAAACAACACUUGUCUGACACAAGACCAGUCAGAAGCCGUCCAGUCACUGUAUAAUGGUCCAGUGCACUCUGACGCGCGCGGGACAUCCCUCUUUCCUGGCCUGGCUUUGGGAUCUGAAGCAGGCUGGAGUCUACCACAAGUCCAAGGCGCCCUCUCAAAUGCCUUCACAGUGCCUAUGCUGCAGAAUCUCGUGUACAAGAACAUGUCCUACGACGCUGACGAGUUCAACUGGGGAUCAGACGUGGACUUCAUGGAUAGGGAAGCCGGCCCGCUUAUCAAUGCCAUCGAAACAAACCUGACUUCUUUCCGGAAUAGAGGUGGCAAGAUGAUCGUUCAUGCUGGCUGGGCAGACCCCAACAUCUCCCCGCAGUGGUCGAUGGAGCAUGUUGAGGCUAUAACACGCGACACUCUUGGUAAAGAAGUGACUGUAGCAGAAAACGACUUUGUUAAGCUUAUCAUGAUACCUGGAGGCGGACACUGCGGGUCUAUAAACGCAAAAUAUCCAUACGUACCAGCACAAUACGGCUUUACCUCUGCAAUGGUUGAUUGGGUCGAAAAGGGAACGGAACCAGUGGCGGGUGUCAAGAGUUGGGGCCCGGAAAAUGGAGAAAACAGAACAAGGAGGCUUUGUACAUGGCCCCAGGUUGCCAAGCUGAAGAAGGGAGGGGAGGUCGAUGACUGGGAAAGCUACACCUGCGCGUGA